AUGAGAAAUGUUGUCCAUAUAGAUGAAAAAUGGUUCUACAUGACUCGGAAAAGGGUAAGAGCAUAUCUCCAUCCAAGGGAAAAAACACCAUGGAGGAAGAUAAAAAACAAGAAUUUCAUACCUAAAGCCAUGUUUAUAGCUGCUGUUGCAAGACCAAGGUGGAACCAAGAUGGUUCUUGUGCAUUUAAUGGCAAAAUUGGCAUAUGGGCUUUCACCAAACAAGUUCCAGCACAAAGAAGAUCAAACAACAGGCCUAGGGGCACUUUAGAAACCAAACCCAUCGAAGCAAUUACAAAGGAUGUUAUUAGGGACAUGUUGGUUCAUAAGAUUAUGCCUGCUAUCAGGGAGAAAUGGCCAGAUGACCUAAGUAAGGUCAUUUAUAUUCAGCAAGACAAUGCACCAGCACACAUAACAAAUGAUGAUCCAAUUUUUCAACAACAUAGACUACUAGAUGGAUUCGAUUUUAGGUUGAUACAACAGCCUCCUAAUAGCCCAGAUAUGAAUUGUUUGGAUCUCGGUUAUUUUAGAUCACUUCAAACAUUACAAUAUAAGAAAUCUCCAAGGACAAUUGACCAACUAGUAACUGCUGUGAAUGAAUCAUGGGAAGAACUACACCCUAAAACUCUAAGUAAUGUGUGGAUGUCACUUCAAUUUUACUUAAAUGAAGUUAUCAAGGUAUGUGGAAGUAAUGAAUAUGAUGAGCCUCAUGCAAAGAAAAAACAGUUGGAAGACUUAGGAUUACUCCCAGAAGAAGUUGGUCCAAGUAUUGAAGAUGUUCAAAAGGCAAUUCAGUUUGUUGAUGAUCAUUUGAAUGGCAACUAA